AUGGUGUCCGCCGUGCUCCGGACCAUCCUGGUGACGGGCGGUGCCGGGUACAUCGGCAGCCACACGGUGCUGCAGCUGCUGCAACAGGGCUUCCGCGUCGUCGUCGUCGACAACCUCGACAACGCCUCCGAGGUCGCCCUCGUCCGCGUCGCCGAGCUCGCCGGCCACAACGGCGCCAACAACCUCGUCUUCCACAAGGUUGACCUUCGCGACAGGCACGCUCUGGAGGACAUCUUCCUGUCCCACAGGUUUGAGGCUGUCAUUCACUUUGCUGGGCUCAAAGCUGUUGGCGAGAGCGUGCACAAGCCCCUGCUUUACUACGACAACAACCUCAUCGGCACCAUCACCCUUCUUGAGGUGAUGGCUGCACAUGGCUGCAAGAAGCUGGUGUUUUCAUCAUCUGCAACUGUCUAUGGGUGGCCCAAGGAAGUGCCAUGCACUGAAGAAUUCCCACUUUGCGCCACCAACCCUUAUGGACGGACCAAGCUUGUGAUUGAAGAUAUCUGCCGCGAUGUCCACCGUUCAGACCCUGAUUGGAAGAUCAUACUGCUCAGGUACUUCAACCCUGUUGGUGCUCAUCCAAGCGGAUACAUCGGCGAAGACCCCUGCGGUGUCCCAAACAACCUGAUGCCCUAUGUUCAGCAAGUCGCUGUUGGGAGGCUGCCUCACCUCACGGUCUAUGGAACCGACUACAACACAAAGGAUGGUACUGGGGUGCGUGAUUACAUCCAUGUUGUUGACCUGGCUGAUGGCCACAUAGCAGCCCUGAGGAAGCUCUAUGAAGACUCCGACAAAAUAGGGUGUGAAGUAUACAAUCUGGGGACAGGAAAGGGGACAUCAGUGUUGGAAAUGGUGGCUGCAUUUGAGAAGGUUUCUGGGAAGAAAAUCCCUCUGGUGUUUGCUGGGCGAAGGCCUGGAGACGCAGAGAUCGUCUAUGCGGCAACUGCCAAGGCAGAGAAAGAGCUCAAAUGGAAGGCAAUGUACGGGGUCGAGGAGAUGUGCAGAGAUCUGUGGAAUUGGGCAAGCAAGAACCCCUACGGCUAUGCUGGAUCACCGGACAAGAGCAACUGA